AUGCUGAGCAAGGGUCUGAAGCGCAAGCGGGAGGAGGAGGAGGAGGAGAAGGAAGCCCUGACGGUUGAUGCCUGGUGGCUAGAUCCCAGCCUCCCAGCAGUGGCACAGGCACCCCCAGCCGUGGCCUCCAACUCCCUCUUUGACCUCUCGGUGCUCAAGCUUCACCACAGCCUGCGGCAGAGUGAGCCCGACCUGCGGCACCUGGUGCUGGUGGUGAACACACUGCGGCGCAUCCAGGCAUCCAUGGCACCCACGGCUGCCCUGCCACCUGUGCCCAACCCACCCGCAGCCCCCAAUGUGGCUGACAACUUGCUGGCUAGCUCAGACGCUGCCCUCUCAGCCUCCAUGGCCAGCCUCUUGGAGGACCUCAGCCACAUCGAGGGCCUAAGCCAGGCUCCCCAACCCCUGGCGGACGAGGGGCCACCAGGCCGCCCCAUUGGGGGAGCCCCACCCAGCCUGGGUGCCUUGGACCUGCUGGGCCCUGCCACUGGCUGUCUAUUGGACGAUGGGCUUGAGGGCCUGUUUGAGGACAUUGACACCUCCAUGUAUGACAGUGAACUUUGGGCUCCAGCCUCUGAGGGCCUCAAACCUGGCCCUGAGGAUGGGCCAGGCAAGGAAGAAGCUCCAGAGCUGGACGAAGCCGAGCUGGACUACCUCAUGGAUGUUCUGGUGGGCACACAGGCAUUGGAGCGGUCGCCGGGGCCUGGGCGCUGACCUCUAGGGCGGAGAUGGUUGUCUAGUGUCUGAACUGAGCCUGGUGACUGGACAACUCUCCUUGGAAAGACACAUCUGGCUUCCCUAGUACAGAGAGUGGCUUGGGCCACUUUGGAGAGAUAGAAUCCAGUCCUGGGCAACUUCACAUCCGUCCUGUUGUCUUGAGGCUGGUGGGGGAGUCUGGGAUUAGACCCUAGCGAUGGAAUGACAGGGUCUGAUGACUGGAACAUGAUUGAGCCAGGCCCCCUGCUGGACUGAAUCUGCUGGAGCCAUAGCCUGGGCAUUUCUUCCCUGAUAGGGGAAGAGACCCCAACCAGUUUUUUCAAAUUAAAACCAAUCCUGGGAAAUCUCAA